GUGUCAGUCUGUUGUUGCAUUUAGCAUGAGCCGGACCUUCUCUUUCCACUCGCUCUGUGGAUGUGAAAUAAACACUUAAAACCGGUUGUUUUUCAAUUUUCAAACCUGAUGUGAUUUGUGCGUGAUAUAGACACUAUAUCACAUCUAAUUGUACGCUGAAUAGCAGAGCUGGAUUUCCACUACGAAGAUAAAACCACGUCAAACAUCAGGUAAUUCUGGCGGAUCUAAAUCAAGUCAAAAACCUCAAUGAAAACAGGGCAUUGGUGAUCAAAUACACAGCUGAUAACGUCAUGAAUGGGACAGAGGAAACAUGUUGAUAUGGUUGAAGUUUGACUGAAAACACGCUUUUUUUGUCUUCGUAUGUUGAAGAUUACUUCUCAAAAGAAAUGGAGAAAACAGCAAUGGACAGGUUACCAGUUGGUGACGUCGAAGACCUGGCAACACUUGCCAGUCUGGAUGAAAAUAUUUUGCUGGAGGAGAUCGCUAAAAGAUAUCAGCAAAAUAAGAUUUAUACAUAUGUUGGAGAUAUUCUUUUAGCAGUGAAUCCAUUUGUGCAUCUAGGCAUAUAUGGGAAAACAGACAGUCAGAGGUACAAGAAUAUAAAAAAAAGUUCCCACCCUCCCCACAUCUAUGCUGUGGCUGAUGCCACAUACCAAGCACUGCUGGGACGUGGUGGGAAGCCUCCAGGCAAUCAGUGUAUUUUAAUCAGUGGGGAGAGUGGGGCUGGUAAAACAGAAAGCACCAAAUUCAUCAUCAAACAGCUGGUGGAACUGUGCAGAGGAAACACACAAUUGGAGCAACAGAUUUUACAGGUCAACCCAUUGCUGGAGGCCUUUGGGAAUGCUCAAACAAAUCUCAAUGACAAUUCCAGCAGAUUUGGGAAGUACAUUCAGCUCAGGUUCAACCAUGGACAGUUGGCCAGUGGAAAAAUUUCCGAAUAUCUUUUGGAAAAAUCGCGAGUGGUCAGGCAGAACCCUGGAGAAAAAAACUUCCACAUUUUCUACUAUCUCUUCUCUUCUAAAAUGAACAAAAAAUUAAACUUAGGUAGCUGCAACAGUUAUAGGUAUCUGUUGAAUCAAUUACAGAAAAAUAGUGUUUCUGAACACUCAGAUGCCUAUAAGCUUGAAACUUUGAUAAAUGCAAUGGAUUUAGUUGGCUUCACUGAUUCAGAGCAAGAGGAUAUGUUUUCAGUUAUAGCCAGUGUUCUCCAUCUAGGAAAUAUCGAUUUCUCAGUUCAAGAGGAUGACAGCGUUAGUUUGUCAGACAGGGAUGGAUCAUUCAAGACAGCAGCAAAUCUGUUAGGGCUUGAAGCCAUUGACUUUGAAAAAUGUCUGACCUGUAUGACAAAUGUGACAAACGGUGAAACUGUUAAGAGAAAUUACAGCAAGCAAACAGCGGAGGAUGUCCGUGAUGCCAUAGCUAAAACUGUGUAUGGACGUUUGUUUGGUUGGAUUGUGAAUAAAAUCAACUGCCUGCUGCUACCUGAUGAUCAAAGAGAUCCCUUAGGUUCAGAAAUUGGAAUUCUAGAUAUUUUUGGUUUUGAGGAUUUCACAAAGAAUGAGGGCAGCAACAGCUUUGAACAGGCUUGCAUCAAUUUGGCCAACGAGCAGCUUCAGUUCUUCUUCAACCAGCACAUCUUCUACAUGGAGCAGGAGGAGUACAGGAAGGAAGAGAUUGACUGGAGUGAGAUAGGUUUUGUGGACAACAAACCUUUGCUGGAUCUAUUUUUAGCCAAACCCAUUGGAUUGCUCUCACUUCUGGAUGAAGAAAGUCUUUUCCCAAAGGGCACAGAUCAAAGUUUUGUGGCAAAGCUGAACAUAGCAUUUGGGGGGAAUCAGUACUAUGUGAAGUCUCAACAGACUAACAUAGCCAAGUUCUCCAUUCAACACUAUGCUGGCAAGGUCCUGUACACAGCUGACCAGUGGCUAGAGAAGAACAGGGACACUCUCCCACCUGGGACCAUAGAUCUGAUGCAGUCCAGUGUAAAUACUCUCAUAAAAACCAUUUUUAAAGGUCAGAUUUCUAGAACUGGAAGCCUGGCUUUACAAGGCAGAAGGGCAUUCUCCAAAAAUUUAAAGGUUAAGGCUAAUCAUGACACAGCCAAAAGGAGCCCUACAGUCAGUGCUCAGUUUAAGAACUCCUUAAAUAUUUUGAUGGAGAGAAUGACCGCAGCGUCCCCAGUGUUUGUCAGGUGUUUGAAACCAAAUCACCUGAAGCAGCCAGGUGUGCUGGAUAGAGAGUUCAUCCAUGCGCAGCUUCUGUACACAGGAAUGUUAGGAACUGUUGAAAUUCGCAGAAAAGGAUUUGCCAUUAGGCCAACAUUUGCCCACUUUAUUGAGAAGUACAAAGUCCUCCUUGAUAUAAAUCUCCCACCCACAGCGCAGAGCUGCUCAGCCCUGCUAAAUUAUACAAAGUGUCAUGGUUGUGUUAUAGGUAAAACCAAAGUGUUCCUCAAGCAUCAUCACAUAGAGCAUCUGAACGAGCUGAUGGACAAAUUAACACAGCUUGUUAUCAUAGCACAGAGAGUGGCGAGAGGGUACAUUGCUAGAAAGAUUGUGAAAAAAUGGAAAGAAUUAUUAAAACAAAUUGAGCAGCAAAAGCAUGAGGCGGAAGAGAAAUUAGCCAAGCAGCGAGCUGAAGAGGAGAGUCGAUGGAAAAAGUCUCUAGAGGAUGCUGCACAAAAUGGGGAAUCAGGUGCUAACACAUUGAUCAAUUACAUUGAGCCCUCCCCUCCCUGGAUCGAGGACGAGGUGCUGGAGGACGUGCCCACACAAGAAAGCUCCAACUCUUCCAAGUUUGGCCGGCCUGGCACUAAAAGAGCAACGUCCAAAUGGUUCAGGACGACACAGAGGCUGAAUGUCAUGCAUGAACAGAGUGGUCAGUUUGCGGAGUGGUUCCACGGCAUCAUCACAAGACAAGAAGCAGAGAAACUUUUACAGAAUAAAAUACUUGGCUGUUUUCUUAUUAGAGUUAGUGAGAGACGUUUUGGUUAUACACUGACAUUCAGAGAUGAAACCAGAUGCCGGAACUACAUGAUAGACCAACUGAAAAAUGGCAAGUUUAUUAUCAUAGGGGAGCCUAAAGUCCACCGCAAUUUGCAUGAUUUGGUAGUUUAUCACAAAAAGCAUAAACUGUCAAAUUGGGGCCAUCUACUCACUGUACCAUGUGGUCAGGAAUCUGGAGAAUGUGAUUAUUCAGAGCUAGUGGUAGAUCAGAAAAAUAGAAGGCCGCUACCUAAAGUGCCAGAGGAUGUUUAUAGAAUGAUGAUUAAAAAUAGUAGGUCUCCCAUGUUGCCCAGACGUGUCCUGGCUAAAUGAACAUCUUGAGACUACCCCAAGUUGUCUCUCAUUAAACUGUUGAUGUGUUACAUGGACAGUAUCAACACUGAUGUGUAAAAGUAAAUUACAGGCAGAUUUACUUUUGCUUUUGUAUAGGAUUCACUAAUAGCCAGUUUCUGAAGAAAUGUAUAAUGUAUGGUAUUUAAUGUAUGUACAAAAAUUGAUGGUAAAAGUAGAUCUCUUUAUCUGGAGGUAAUU